GACAGAUUAUAAAACCCUCGAUAACAGAACUCAGCAGAGAAGUACGCACCAACAUCCUGUGUACUGUAGAGGGAUGCGGGAAGAUUCUGCCCAACACUCCAGCACUGAACAUGCAUCUGGUAAAAUCUCACAGGGUCAAGAUGUGAGAGUAAACUCAUAUUUUAGUGAUUUUCGAUCGAUUUGGCAGGUUAAAACUAACGGACCCUUAUAUUUUCGAGUGUGACUGAAGAAGCUUUGGAUGGUUGUAUCUAAAAAACAGACAUCCUGCUAAACUUGUUUGGCUACCGGUUGAAGCACGUUUCAUAUUCAAGUCACUACUGCUUGCCUACAGGACUAUCACUGGAUCUGCACUGGCAUACUUUCACACCCUACUACACUCCUACUCCCCAUCAAGAACCCUGCGUUCAGCAAAUGAGCAGUGUCUUGUAUUGCCUAUCAAAAGGGCAGUAAAUCGCUUUCCCGCUCCUCCUAUUGGAAGAUUCUUCCUUACUCAGUCCAGUCAACCACAUAUCUCACAACAUUAAAAAAAUACUUAAAACCCAUCUCUUCUGUGAAUACUUGACAAAAAAAUGAAAAUAAAUAAACACUAACCCUCUCUCUUUCUCUCAAAAUGUUUUGGUCUAGAUUAAGCUGAAACUAGUAACUUUGUAUUGGCACCUAUUGUAUUAUUGCUCCUGUAUAACAUAUCGCUUAUUGCUGCCUGAAUUCUCUGUAGGUCGCUUUGUAUAAAAGCAUCUGCUAAAUGUUGCACAGCAAUCAAUCUGUGGAUACUUACCGGGAGGGAAUUAAUUCCCUGGUUCCUGUCUCCUUCCUUCCUUAUUUUGAACAUUGUUACAGCAUGAUAAUGUUAUAACUUGUAUUUUCCAUUAUUAUCGAUUAUUGUUUGGUAUCUAUCUGUUGUAAUUGACAUCGAGAUAUUUGCGAGACAUUGGUGAUAUACAUUAACAUCUUCACUUCGCCCAGCCCUAAUGGGAAGCUUCGUGGAUAUAAACUACUACAUCUGAAAUGUUUUGAAGCUGGAUUUGUUGUCAGUCAAAAAUGUAUUAAAUAUUCUGGAUCCGUAGGGAGUGCAACUCAGAAGAGAAAUCGCUGUCUUGAUGUUGGCUAGUGUACAGUGGGCGUCGGUUCGCCAAUCUGCGGAGAAAAUAUGUCACUUUUAUGAAAUAGACUAAUGUGUAAUUAUUAUGAGACCUCAUAUUAUCCCUUUGUAACAAGAAAAUAGAUUGUUUAAUUGACAUAUUAUCCAGUCAAAACGAGAAAAGAUACAAUUUUAACGACAUUUAAUGAGAUAAUAUAUUGUUUAAAACAACAUAUUUUUCUCACGCAGGUUUUCAUUAAUCAACAUCUCAACAAAUUGUAACGUUUUAACGACAUCCUGUUAAAACAACAUAUUAUCCCGCUUAAACAACAUUUUAUCGCGGUAUUAUGACAUAAUUGAGUGGAAAAAGUAAAAAAAAUGUAUGUGGCAGCAAUGGGCCACUGUAUCAAACAACCAAAAGACACUGACAUUAAUAUAAAUAUUAAUGUCUUCUUAUAUAUGUUUUUUAUAACAGAUAAAGGAAAAAGUAUCAUACACUAAUAGAAUAUAGUUAAUAGUUAUAGUACAUCUUUAAUAACUAAAGUGUUUAAAGCGAGUUUAUGUAUAUACAAUUAUAUUUGUAUUAAUUUAUUAAUGCAUUAAUGAAAGCAAUCUUUGAUGUUUACUACAUCACUACGGUUACAGCCCUUGUGUGUUAUUUGAAUACAGGCAUGAGUUUAGUCAAAGAUAAUAACAAUAUGCACCACUGCUAUUAUUAUAAAUGUGGGGAAUGCAAAGCUCAAUAUGGUCACUUUAGCAAAGGAAGUCCUCCCCUCCAAUACUAAGGGUCAGUUAUCAAGUGAUGAAGACUGACUAUUCUCUUGGGGAGGGGGUUGUCAAUCUGAAAUUAAGGAAUUACCAAAGGCAAAACAUCAGUCAUGUUUAUUUUAGAAAGUACUCAAUUCUUACUACUGUAUGUUUCUUAUAAUUCCAGGAAGGUCUGGUUAAUCCUACGAUCAGGAAAGAUUUGAAAGCUUCACAGAAGAUCUAUUGUUGCCCAGUAGAAGGCUGCCCAAGGGGACCAAAAAGACCCUUCUCCCAGUUUUCACUUGUUAAACAGCACUUUAUGAAGAUGCAUGCAGAGAAGAAGCACAAGUGUUUGAAGUGCUGUAAUAGCUACAGCACAGAGUGGGAUUUGCGGCGACACACUGAGGACUGUGGGAGGACAUAUAGCUGUACAUGUGGUUGUCCUUAUGCCAGUAGACCAGCACUGCUGUCUCAUACCUACAGAACAGGUCACGAGGUUCCUAAAGAGCACAGGUAUCCACCUGUAAAAAAGAGGAAAAUGGAAAGAUUGGCAAAAAAUGCAAUAAACAUUUUGCCCAACGAACAAAUGUAUGAAAUGCCAUACUCUGAGAAAAAAAUCAAUGAGAUUUCUAAUGAAUGGCUCUCCGAAGUCCCAGACACCGCACGACACAAACGUUACUACCCAAGAAAUAUUCAGAAGCUCCUACUCCCCAAACCCAAAGUGGCUCUAGUAAAUGUUCCUGUCAUGCAACUCACACAUCUGCCCAUCCUCCUUCCCACUACAGAAAGUAGUGCUGUGAGAUCAUUGGUCUUGGCUGUAGAUGCGCAAGGGUCUGUUAGCAGUGUGCACCUUUUGCAACCGUCAAUUAUGAAUUUCAAAGACACUUUCCCUGUACCUAGAUCUUGCCCUGAAACCAUUAGCACAGGAGUACAGGUCAAUCUUGAGGACCCUGCAUUCGUUGGAGAUCUAGUUAUCCAUCUUGAAUCUAGCGGCAAAGGCACUUCUACAAACAUUCAAACAGCUAUCUCAAACCUUAAAUGGGCAAACACGGAAGCUGGACCAGUGAAUGUUCCCCCCAGCUGUGAGGUCUCGGUGUCGUCUUGCUCUCAAACAGACAUCACUGUGAGUGCUCAAAUUCAGCUGCCUGUCAGUGUGCAAACCCAGACAUUACCUUCUCGGAUUAGAGCCUUGUCCUCCAUUGGAGCACAGACAGAUGUUUAUAGUUUCUCUUCUGCUAAUGUGAACCGAGAAACACAGACAAGCUCUUCUGGUGUAGCCCAAUUUGAAAAAGGCCAGUUGAACCAGGCUAUGUGCACAGAUCUUUUCGAUACUGGUACACUAAGUGUCUCCACUCAGACAUCAACAUUUAAUGCUUCUUUCAGAACCAGUGGUUUGGAGGAUUCCCUAUCCAACACUGAUACCAGACUUUUUGAAGACAAGACCCAGAAUGACAUUUUACACCAAAACACAGUUGCAGACAACCAGACUCAGACUAUGAUACUUUUCAGAGACCUUGAGAACAUCCUUUCAGACAGCCUGGGUACAGUAUCUUCAAGCUGUACUUCAGGUUUGGUUUCUGUGCAUGAACCACAACAUGCUAGUAUUGACUUUGAUUUUGAGGAGUUCCUUAAUGCAACACACAUUCAGACUCAGACAGAAGAAAGUGGCUUAAACAGUCUAAACACAGAAACAACUUUGGAACUCUUAGAUAUUGAGACACAGACAGACUUUUUGCUCUUUGACAACCUGGGUGAUGGACACAAUAGUGAUGUGGCAACAAGGGUGCAACCAAAUGAUCUGGAGCUAGAGAUGUUUGACACCCAGACCCAGACAGACCUCAACUUCCUAUUAAAAACAAGUGGGCACAUGCCCCUCAGCAACAUCCUCAGGCAACCUGGCUUCAGUAUAAGCACAGAGUCCUCGGGCAUAGAGACACAAACUGACAUAAGGCCCGAACUGCUGCCCCUGCCCUGCACUCAGGAAGGACAGGCCAGACUUAGUAGCGCCAAGACCCAGACCAUCUCCAGUUCAUUAACCAGUCUGGGACACCGCUUCCACACUAGUAACGAGACCCAAACAGCAGUGGAUGACUUUCUUUCAGCAGAUUUGGCUUGGAACGUGGAGUCUCACUUUAGCUCGGUGGAAACGCAGACAUGUAAGGAGCUUAUUUCACUGUUUCCAAAUGCUGGGAAAUCAAAAAGCUGAGGGCUUUAUCAAACUGACAGUUGUUAUUUGAGUAAGAUUACGGAAGAGUCCUAUCUGUCAUUUCCUACAGUAUAGGUGGUAGAGCUGCAUGCUCUAAUUCAGCAUGCUUGUAAAAAUUUCGACACUCAUAAAUAAGGUAAUGUAUCUGGAUGUUUCUUAAAGAUGUUUGCAUAAGCAUUGCAGCACUUUAUCACUUCAGUGUCAUUAUGUAGUUUAUUUUCAUUGCAGGCAUUUUACCUUGUAUUUGUUCAAAGAGAAUGGUUAACAGACUCUAGUUUGGAUGCUAUGUUGGUAGUACUUAAUUUCUGUGUGGUCCAAUUAAAGAAAUCGGAUGUGAUAAUUAUAUACAAUUAUUUAAAGGCUCUGUUCUGCAGUUAUACUUUAAUGUCAGUUGUUGUUUAGUCUAAUAGUCAUUGUGGAUGUUUUAUUGUCAUUGAACUGUUUACUUGUAUAAAGCAGACUUUUGUGUUUAUUAGUACUGUACAAUGCUUAAGACCAAUCUAGUUGUUGACACUGAAUACAUUUUGUUUCUUGGUCAUGCAUACUGUACAUUUUUUGCAUACUGUUAUGUCAUCAGAACUUUUAUUAUCGUACAUCUUCGAGUCAGUUGAUAACUCAAACUCGCAUGUUUCAUUUUCUUUCAAAAACGCAGUACUUUGAUUUGCUUUCUGUACGGUAUUUUAUUUAAAUAUGAAAAUGGCUCUUGUUUACAGUAAACAAAAAUCAUAUUACCCUGAAAGCAUGUAUUAUAAGGUUGUUAAUUUUCAGGAUUGAGUUUACACAUCUUAAAAAAUGGAUAGUUAAUAAAAAAAUUAUAAUUUA